GAGAGUGUCUGCAUUCCGACAGACAUUUUCUCCUCUGUUGACGCACGGGCGAGGACCCCGCGAGUUUUUCGGCCGGAUUCUCCAGUCGACGGCACAUGCGCAGCCAGUCGUACUCGUCUUUGUUGACCUCCUCGUCGCAGGGGCGACGAGGUCCCGAAAGCGGCGCUCGCGACCCCGUGUUGGCGACAUCGCCACUUGACCAACCACAAUGCCGUCACGGUGGCAGCUGUAGCACAAGUGCGAGCAUGACAAGUAGAACGUCCAACCACUCGCCGACCACGCUGGAACGUAUUCGCCACCGCCGCAAGAUGAACAAGAGGAGGUUGCGAGCUGAACGAGCUGCUCGAACCGAGCGCCUCAGCGACGAAGUUGCCGCGUUGCAAACCGACGUCAUCCACCUCGAGCGGCAGCUUUUGAGCGUCGCGCAGCACGUCCACUCGUCAGCGGUGCGUACUGCCAGUACCGGGAAACCUCCUGGCGCUCGCAUCGAACGGACGCACACAACCACCAGCGUUGACACCCAACCUCGCACCAUGUCCGUCGAGUCCGCCGCUGACGACAAAGAAGCAGCGGAAGCUCAGCUGAGACGCUUCGUCGCGUGCUUGCAGGCACGCAGCUUCUCAAACGGGGCGGAUGACCUCUGUCCUUACUUGCAUGACAACGUUGAGCUGGUGCACAGCGAGUACAUCGGCACGUCGGCGCCAACUGGCGUGACCAGCACCCAACGAGAAACCGGGCUACGUCGUCUCCUGUCCCGAUGGAACUGCUUCCGCGACACCGUUCGUGAUUUUCAGCUGGCACUCAAGCAUCUCGUGUCGCUCGGGUCACCAUGCGAAUGGCUGGCCUCGAUCGAAGUUACCGUGCAACUGACUGACAAAGCUCUGGUGGUCAGGUUUCCACACGUGAUCGAAAUGGCCGCAGUACAUUCGUCUUUCGCGGAUGCUCGUGCCAGCGCGAUCGCGGCAAAAUUGGUGGCGUCGCCGCUGCAUCUGGACAUUCAAUGCCACAUGUGGCUGGAUGGACAUUUCAAGAUUGUGAAACUUGACGUUGCCGUUGGAUGGACGACGGCCCUCUUACGGUGUCUCGAUGACGCGGACGACGUGGUGUGGGUGCUCCAGCCGCCUCGACCAUGUGGCCCUUCGUUUCGCGAAUGCGAACACUUGGGCUGACGUUCAGAUUUGUGCUGGUUUUCGGAUGGAAUGCCGUGAGAUGGCUUCUGCGCACGAUCUGUCCACGCAGCGAGGUGUAAACGGUUAAACCAUGGCUCCAGUUCUUGACAGGAGACAUCGAUCUUUC